CUCAAAAUCCAACUCGUCCAUAUCUCAACAUCACCUCACUAUACAACACAAACUUGAUGGCUGCCUACACUAUUCAAUAUCCAGGACUCACCAGCUAGGCACCCAUUCACAAUGUCCAUUGCAAUCUGGCCUCCCGUCUCUCCCGAUCAGCUCAGGCUUAAAGCCUCGGAAAGCCAGGUACAUCGAAACCCUCUCGAUUUGCGCAAAGCGAAGGAAUUGAAACACUGGACGAUAUGCUGAUCUACUUUGACAAGGCGCGCGAGUUGGAUUGGAUCGUUAACGAAACGCUCGAGCUGUGUCGCGAUCUUAAACAUGGCCUUGAGGAUUGUUAUGCGCUCCUCGCGCCCAUCGAUCCCGGCAGUACACUUGUCAUGAGCACGCCGCGCAACGAGAAAGUCAAGGGGACACUGACGCGCGUGGGCACCCGCAUCGUCAAAGGUGCAAUACAUCUUCAGCUUCGAACAAUACCCCCACAGACGCUAUCGCUAUCGCAAAACGAGGUCAUUCAUAUACAGGGUCUUGAUGCUUUGCAUAACCAUCUCAACCAAUCCAUCGACUUACUAGCCAUAACCUUGUCCAGGCCACAGGACGCCCGCUCUCUCGCCUCGACUCUAAGCAUUCUCGCCGAUUCUAUCAACGACUCUUCAAUUCUCCUCAAAGGUCCUCCCUUGACGGAUUCCGAUCCUGCUUGGCAGAUGUGCUCAUGUCCGUCGCACCAGUUUAGUCCUUCGAUCGGACCAAACCUUAGCUUUUACCUCGGAUUACAAGAAAGCAGCAUAAUUCUCUGGUUACGUGCCCUCGAGCCCGUCCAUGCCCCUGUUCAUUUUGGCACGAAACUUGGUCUAGCAUUCGGAACUGUCCGUCGUUUGGAGCAUGACGAGAUGGACACCAUAUUCCGCUACAACACGCAGGGGUCCGGUGUUGGUGACUCGAAGCGGGGCAGUGCCCGCCAUACCCCGGAGCCAGGAUCGUCCGCUGCUGGCGUGGAUAGCAAUGAUGUUCAGGAAGUCUAUGUCCGGGAAAAGGUGCGCGUCGAAAGUGCAGAUCCGAGCCUCAUAUCCAUCCAGUCCAAGCUUAACUACCUCAGUCACAUGCUUGGUCAAGCACGAAGGAACAUCACAGAGGUCCUGAGCGUAGACUCCUAG